AUGGAUCCCGGAAAGAUUGUAUGGUUUCGAGUCAUCGAAAAUGUCUUCAGGGAUGUUGAUCCGGACGCGAGUGAAGAUGACAAGAAAAAAGCGAAAUCAUACGAGAUAAUCGGAUCAAUGUCUGAGACCGGUUUGGGUUGUGUGGUUUGGUGGGUACAGGCCGAGGAAGGCGCUGAAUUUGAGGAUGAAGAAGAGGGUGAAGGCGACGGCGAUGGAAACAACCAAGAGGGCGGAGAGGAGACCUAG